AGUUUCUGUGCCUGCACUUGAGGGGAUUCGGUUUGCUAAAGGCUAAAGGCUAAAGGCUAAAGUACCUAACAUACAUAGAACCAAAGCAGAACCACCUUGCAUGUGGAUAUCGUGAUGGAGCUUCACACUACACCAAUAAUACACUCUACACACCACCUACACUACUAAGCUAAGUUGACAGACUUUCAAACAUGCCUCGUUGUCAAUCUGCAUGAAAUCAAGACACAAAAAGAAAUACGUGAAUGUACGUUCUAGUUCACACAAUCCGAUUACCAUAUUCGAUACUCGAUUGCGACCCGAAAGGAGACAGAGAGAAAACAGAUACUUGCAUAAUAAAUGCCUGACACCGUCGCAUGAAUAUCGAUCCCGAUCCCACGUUUCACAACCUUUCCCACCAACAACUAAGCUUUUUCUGAGACCUUUCCCAUGAACAGUCUACCCCGGAUCUACACCUAAAACAGUGUGACGAAAGCUAACUGAUCCUGCGGGGGUCGAGAAUAAAAUAGCAAAACACAUUCAAGCCGCAUCUCUCCUGACUGCCCUCGCCCAACAUGGCAGACUAUGGCCGCCAGUCUCCCGACUUCACCUCUCCUCAAAUUCCCGAGCUUGAGCAUAUAGCCAGCAUGUCUCUAGGGAAUAGCGCAACUCCACCACCACCCGAAGAUGGAGCCGUCUAUUCAACGAAUGGUGGUGGAUUCGAACCUGCCGUGACGAGUCCUAGUCCAGGCGAAUCCGAAAUGCCCAAGGAAGUACAAGAGGUGCUCGCUUCAGAUAUUGGCGUUUCCACUAUGCUAAAUAGGCUUAAGCAAAGCAUUAUAGCUGCUAAGGAAUUUGCUACAUUUCUUAAGAAGCGAUCGGACCUCGAAGACCAGCAUGCUAAGGGCCUGAAAAAGCUGUGUAGAUCGACUCAGGACAACGUCUACCACACAGACCAUAGGCAGGGGUCGUUCGCGCAGUCAUACGAGGAAAUGCUCACGAUACACGAACGUAUGGCCGAGAACGGAAUACAAUUUGCGCUAUCUCUACACCAAAUGCAUGAGGACCUCCUUGAGGUAGCUGCGGUAGCCGAGAAACACCGCAAAGGAUGGAAGCAGAACGGCCUAGCCGCCGAACAACGUCUGUCUGAUGUGGAGAACGCAAUGCGCAAGUCCAAGAUGAAAUACGAUUCGCUGGCCGAAGAGUAUGAUAGGGUGAGAACCGGCGAAGCAAAACAAGGACCCAGAGUCUUCGGUAUCAAACCCAAAUCAGCAGCACAGCACGAAGAGGACCUCCUACGUAAGGUUCAAGCAGCCGACACGGACUACAUGGGCAAAGUUCAGGCAUACCAGUCUGAAAAAGCAACCGUCGAGACUUCGACUCGUCCAGAAGCUGUCAAGGCGCUACAAGAUCUCAUUAGAGAAUGCGACUCUGGCACUACCCUACAGAUGCAGAAGUUUGCUUCAUUCAAUGAAAAGCUAUUGCUUAGUAACGGGUUGGUGAUAAGUCCUCUGAGGACCGUCGCUCAACCAGGUCAGCACUCUCGCAGUCUAAAAGAAGUUGUCCAGGCCAUCGACAACAAGAAGGACCUGGAGAACUAUCUUAUCAGCGUUCAUAGCAAAGUUCCGGCCAAAUCAUCAGAGCCGAAAUACGAGAGGAAUCCCGUUCUUAACCCUCAGCAAAAUGUGUCCCUAAAUCAGGUGACACAGAUGCAUCAGCAACAACAAGCACGGCCGCAGUCUCAGCAGCGACAAGGGUCACCUUCACAGGUGCAACAGCAACCAGGUUCAAUGGGCUCUCGAACUGGAGGGUUCGAUUCCAUAUCGUCACCGACUGGGUUCCAGGGACCAGCUCAGAAUUUCACUCCCCCCCCUGGACUGGCACAAGUCCAACGGCCGCCUUCAGGGGCAGGACAUGAGAGGAGCUUCAGCCAUGGUGCAAUGCUAAACCAGCCUAGUAUGCAGCCUCAGCCGCAGUAUAAUGUACGGAACUCGAUACAAGCCCCUCCGACCCAGCCGCGAUUCAAUGGUGGUGGCAUGGGUGGCAUGGGUGGCCCUCCACAACUUGGAGCCUUACCGUUCCAGAACCAGCCGCCUCGAGAGCAAAGCCCUCAACAACAAGGUGGGCAAAUAGGCAUCCGGGCCCCGCCGCGUAGUGAGCAAUCUCCGGCACGAUCGACAUCGCCUCAUGGUGCUGCUGUACCGAAGACGGAGGGAGCAAUAUCGAGGGGACCGGUCUUUGGGAUUUCCCUAGAACGGUUAUACGAAAAUAGUAAAGGACCCGUACCGAUGGUCGUCUACCAGUGUAUCCAGGCUGUUGAUUUGUACGGACUUGCCGUCGAGGGUAUCUACAGACUUUCUGGCUCGUCAGCGCACGUGAAUAAGUUGAAACACUUGUUUGAUACAAACGAAGACGCGCCAAUCCUGGACUUCCGGAAUCCGGAGAACUUCUUCCAUGAUGUGAACAGCGUGGCAGGCUUACUAAAACAGUUCUUGCGAGACCUGCCGGACCCACUGUUGACAUCGGAGCAUUACGCGGGGUUCAUCGAGGCGGCGAAGAACGAUGACGAGGUGGUGCGGCGGGACAGCCUACAUGCCAUCAUCAACGCGCUGCCAGACCCAAAUUACGCCACGCUAAGAGCGCUGACGCUCCACCUGCACCGCGUCAUCGAGCACUCGGCCGUCAAUCGCAUGAACUCGCAGAAUUUGGCCAUUGUCUUUGGGCCAACGCUCAUGGGCACGGCACCAGGAGCAAAUAUCCAGGACGCAGGAUGGCAGGUCAGAGUUGUUGAUACGAUAUUGCAGAAUACCUACCAGAUCUUUGAUGAGGAUUAGGUUUAGGGAGUAGAGCAUUGAGGGAGGUGCAUACGUAAGGAUCAGCCUGAGACAAGAACUGGACCUGAGAAAGCAGCUAGUCUGUCUGUACAGUAUAUGAGGUUCGAGUCCGCCCCUUUACGAGAGUACGGUCUAGUGUAAUAUGCUACAGUUAACUUAAUUGUCUAACGAGUAAUUUGUUUUCUUCUAGUGGAGGAGGGACGGGGUGGUGGGGAUGAGGUAGGGGGUUAGGGGGCAAGGGGAA